AUGGCCGAAUUCAACGUCGUCAACCCAGAGCGGAUGAAAUGCCUCGUAUGGAUAUGCGGACUCGCCUCUCUCGAAGAUGCUGAUAUUCGGGCCCGCGCUCUCCGCAAGAUGGAAGAUAAUUCACAAUCCACGUUAAAGGAACUGGCCGCAGAAAUCCAGCAGUUCCUCAACAUUCUUCAGGAUGCCACUCUCCCCGAGUGGUCUGCUUCAUCACUUAUCAACGCCGAUGUCUCUCAGAACCAAAAACACCACCCACCAUCGCCGUGUUUGGUGGAGCGAAUCAGUCAAGGGUCUGUUCCAUCCGUGUGGCAAGACUUGUCAUAUCUGCGGAUAUUCCGGACACAAGUAAAGAUCCUGCAAGAACAUCAUGACCAAAAGGAAGCAGAAACCUACAUGGAAGCGGAAAACGGCCAACAAUGUCGUCGUCGCCUCAACGCAUGCUGGCGACACUUCCAUAUCUCGCAUCUACCCCCAGUGCACAUCAAUGGGAAGAUAAUACGCAUGCGGCUUGACAUCGGUGCCGAUGUCACAUUACUGAGCAAUGCGAACUGGAUCGCAAUGGGUCGCCCGAUGUUAAGUCACCCUCGAAUCACUCUGAGGUCAAGCAAUGACAAGCCGAUCAAUGUUCGAGGAUGCUCCGAGUGCAAUUUCGUCAUUGAUGGUCAUCACGGUCGAGGUAUUUGCUACGUUGCCGACACACCGUCACUACUAGGUCUCGACUUGAUCAUCCAUGAGCCUCUGUUUCGUCGCCUACGCGAGAGCUCUAUCUGUAAUGUAUCCUCAUCGAUGCUCACCGCAUUGAACUCUUCACUCACUACGCGCUUGAAGAAGAAGUUCUUUACCGUUCACACGCCUGGAUCAGGACAACGCACCAAAUCGAACGCCAAGCUCACUCUGAAGUGUAACGUCAAGGAUAAUUUUCAGAAGGCUCGUCUUGUUCCAUAUGCCGCUAUACGGAAAAUUACGGAUGAAAUCGUUUGCCUUGUAUCUACACAGGUUCUGACGCCCAUAGACCACUCAGAAUGGGCCGCUCUGUUGGUGCUGUUCAAGAGCGUCGUCCAGUCCUGUCGAGAAGUCUGCGCAGUGUCGUAUUGA